CCGCUAGCGAGAGGCGGCAGCCAGCCCCGAGAGAGGGCAGCCAGCCCGGGUGUGGAGCGCGGCGACCGGCGGAGCGCGUUUCCCUCGCUCGGCAGGCAGAGCCCUGCAGGCAGCAGGCGGGGAGGAUCAGCUCGGCUCCGCUCGGCGAGGUCGGCGCUGACGGCGGCGGGGGAACGGCCGUGCCGCAGCGCCAUGCCCGCCGCCCGACGGUGGCGGCUGCUCGCCCUCCUGCUGCUCUUCAGCUGUCGCUCCGCCGCCGGGGGCCACGGGUCCCCGCGGCCGUCGGGCCCGGGCAGGCAGAGCCCUCCGGCAGCCGUCCCCCCGACGGCCGGGAUCCCCGCGCUGCGGGGCGGUGAGCCCAACGUCUCCCGCCCGGCCGCGCUGCCCAAGGGCGGGGGGGCCGCCGGAGGGCGGCCGCGCUCGGCCUCGCCCCCCAUGUGUACGGGACAAACGGAGAUCAAGGAAACUUUCAAAUAUAUCAACACGGUGGUGUCCUGCCUCGUCUUCGUCCUGGGCAUCAUCGGCAACUCGACGCUGCUGCGGAUCAUCUACAAGAACAAGUGCAUGAGGAAUGGUCCAAACAUCCUCAUUGCCAGUCUGGCCCUGGGCGACCUGCUCCACAUCAUCAUCGACAUCCCCAUCAACGUCUAUAAGCUGCUUGCAGAGGACUGGCCCUUCGGUGUUGAAAUGUGCAAAUUAGUACCCUUCAUUCAAAAGGCAUCAGUGGGCAUCACAGUAUUGAGUUUGUGUGCCCUCAGUAUAGAUAGGUACCGAGCAGUUGCUUCUUGGAGUCGCAUUAAAGGAAUUGGAGUGCCGAAGUGGACAGCUGUUGAAAUUGUACUGAUCUGGGUUAUAUCGGUGAUAUUGGCUGUUCCAGAAGCUAUCGCAUUUGACAUGAUUACGAUGGAGUACAGAGGAAAGGAUCUUAGAAUCUGCUUACUUCACCCCACGCAGAAAAGCUCCUUUAUGAUGUUUUACAAGCAAGCUAAAGACUGGUGGCUGUUUAGCUUUUACUUCUGUUUGCCACUGGCUAUCACGGCAUUUUUCUAUACUCUCAUGACCUGCGAGAUGUUACGAAAGAAAAGUGGGAUGCAGAUCGCUUUAAAUGACCAUUUAAAACAGAGACGUGAGGUGGCCAAAACUGUGUUCUGUCUGGUACUUGUUUUCGCCUUGUGUUGGCUCCCACUUCACUUAAGCAGAAUAUUGAAGCUCACUAUUUAUGAUCAGAAGGACCCCAACAGAUGUGAACUUUUAAGCUUUUUUCUUGUGAUGGACUACAUUGGUAUUAACAUGGCUUCACUGAAUUCCUGCAUCAAUCCUAUAGCUCUGUAUUUGGUGAGCAAAAGAUUCCAAAACUGCUUUAAGUCAUGCUUGUGUUGCUGGUGCCAAUCCAAAGAUCUCUUGUCCAUGGAGGAAAGGCAGUCCUGUUUAAAGUUCAAAGCUAACGAUCACGGAUAUGAUAAUUUCCGCUCCAGUAACAAGUACAGCUCUUCGUAAAACAAGUGUCAAAGGCAUAUUCUCUUAUAUUAAUGCUGGUGUCUUUUUAAGUAAAAGUGGCAAUUACUUUUAAUGAGAUGGUAACGUUUAGAAAAAGCUAGUUUUGUGUUUGCACAAAAAAGUUUAUAAAAAAAAUAAUUGUCCCAAAACUGGGUCAUGUUCAAAAUCAUGGACAUUUAUAAAAUCAUCAUUUAUGGAACAUGAAGAAAAGCGUAGAAAGAACAAGUCAUUGUUAGCACUUGAAUACUUCUGAAUCAGCACUUCCAAAUCAUCCCCACUUCUUGUACAUUAACCAAUCAUUUGUAUUCACUAUAACAGUUGUAGGAACUGAAGUCACAGUAAUUACUAAGCUGUAUAAUAUAAUGUUAAUUGGAUCAAAGCCAUUAUUAUAUAUAACUCAAUGUAUUAUCUUUUAUAAAGCAGAUUAACCACCGUCACUAUUGUGGGGGUUUCUUUAAAUAAAACAUGAAAUACUUUGUAAUAGAAGUUUAAAUGUAAAAAAGUAGAAUUUCUAUAAGGGGUACUAUAGAGGUAGCUAAUGAAAAUAUUAAAGGAUGAAGUCAAGUCAAAAUUGCAUUUCACUCUGAUGAUUGUUUUUACCUGUUAGAAGGAACUUGCCAAGGCAUCUAUAAAUACCAUUCUGUAACCACUUUGUGUGUUCAGUACAUUUGGCAGCACUUCGGGUAUGGUCCCUUUCACCUUUUCCAUGUUAUCUGUGUUUAAUGACAGAGGAGGAGAGAGAAAAACACCAAAAGCAAAAAUUAAUGCUACUAGAACCAUACAAAUGAUGGCUAGUAUUGGAAAUCAGCUAUUCUUAACUGAAAACAAAUUGAUUGUACCCUUGUAAACAGUGGACAUUCAGGAGCCUGAUGGUUCUUUACUUGAGAUACUUUUGCAACAAUUCAAAACUGUUUCUGCAAUCCAAAUACUGCCUCAGGGCAAAACCCUUUAGAAAUAGCAGGUGGAAAAAAUGUAACAGAGGGAGAAUCUGAACUUGUAUUUUCAUUUAGAUUUAAAUCCUCAUGAAGAAAAUAACUCAUGAACUGUACUUCUAGAGAAUAGUACUAUGUAGCACACUCAUCUUCGUACUGUUUUAAAAUAAGUUCUACUUCUGUAGUUCCAUAUUUAUGGGCUGAAGAAGACGUGUGAUUAGUUUCUGCUUCUGUAAAUAGUUUAGUGAAGCAUAAUUAAUUAUAAAGUAUUAAAAUAUGGGCAGGACCCUAUAAGAAAACAGAAAGAUAAAGAUGCCUGUAGUAAACACGAUGCGUGUUGCCGGGAGCAACGUGUAUUUUGUACAUGCAUGACAGGUCAUUCUCUGGCUUUUCAUUUCCUAUUAAUUUGUUACAGAUGUCUCCAAAUACCUAUUAAAAUACCUCAUGCACCAAGGCAUGAGUUUUUCGAGAAAAAAUGUCAUAUAACAUGAUUUUAUAAAAGACGUUUUUCCAUAGGCAUGGUAUUUUAGUAUAAUAAAAAUAUUUAUCAAAACUCAGGAAUGUUUUUUAAUUUCCAAAUUUCACAUAUAAGGAUUUUUACCUUUUUUUUCCAGUCUUGAUUAAUUUCAGAUUUUUUAAUAAAGUGCCUUCAAUAAUGCUCAGGAUGAAAACAGUUUUCAUAAAAAUGUUCAGCUGAUGCUACCUUAGAUGGGUUUCAUCUCAUCUGACUUCAGGUAGCUACAGCUACCUUGCAGACAGCAAAAAGGAGGAGAGGUGAAUCCCAUUCCUAGUGUCGCCCCAUCAAAAGCUAGUACGUGUAUGCUUGUAUAAUCAAGCCGAGGACCUGCGCACAUGCAUUCAAGCAUGGGCAUAUGGAUAUGUGUGCAAGUGUGUAUUUUGUCUACCAUUAUUAGGUUGCUGUCAUCAUCUUUCUGCAGCACGUGUACCCAACUACUAUAAUGCUGAACUUUUAUAAAUAUAAAUCUAUUUAAAGCUUUGUUCUUUAUCAUUUUUACCUUAAUUUUCAUUUUAACUUUCUCACAAUAAGCCAUGAAUAUCACUUCACCCUGCCUACAUCUAUUUCUGUGAAAUGCGUUUCAUCUGUUGAGGAUGGAUAAUCAGUUAAAACCUAAGUUUGAUACUGAUCAGUGUUAUUUUCAUCAAAUUAUAUCAUUACAAUAUUGUACAUGUAUAUUAUUGUUAUUUUUAUUUAAAAUGUAGCUGUUGUAUUGGCAAAUAUGUAACAUAUUUUUCAUUUUUUCCUUGACUAAUUCUUUGUUAAGACAAGUCCUGCUAAGUCGGACAUCUACAUUUUGCAAAUAAAAACCAUAUGUACUUCCCACUUUUUGGAGUUAAUAUAUACGUAUUAGUAAACUUUUUAUCUUUUUUCUUUCCAAUAUUUUUCAAAGCAGUAUUUUUACUGAAGCUCUCAUUGCCUUAAGAAAAAUUUUCUAAACUUCUGUUGUCAUACAGUUAAAAGAAUACACAGGAGAGCUCUAAUGCCUGUGUAUUCUGCCUAAGAUUAAAUUUCUUAAUAUUGAAGACAGGCAUUUUCUGAAGUUGUCAGUACAGGUCUAUUCCUCCAUCCACUGAAAUCCAUGAAUGUUUAACUAUUCAGUUUAGUCAGAGCAGAAUUAGGGCACAGCAAUAGCUCUUUAAAAACCUAGCUGACAUUUGCAUUUGCUACCUUAAACAAAAAUGUUAAAGUGUUUUGUUUUUUGGGUUGUUUUUUUUUUUU